AUGCCAGGGGCCUCAACGGCGAAUCUAAACAGCUUUCAGUUAAAAGGAACCUCUGAUCACUCUCUGUAUUUGAUAUCCUUCUCUAACAAUUUAGUGAGAAGGAAAUCCAGAGAUUGCAUCUUGCAAAGAUCUAUUGCAAAGACUAGAACCGUAGAUGUUUCAGCAAUAUUCAUUAAUGUACAAGAGAAGCUUCGAGAAGCACAGAAAAAAUCAGUGGUAGACCUUACUAACUGUAUUUUCCUUGCCAAAGAAAUGCAUCAAAACUCUUGA